GUGACUCGUACCGCGAGAUUUAGUCGAUUUUGUGCGGCUAAAGAGCGAGGUUCAAGCGAAACGUUCCACGAAAGAUAUACGGCUAAAGUGGUGGUGCAGUUGUCCAAGGAAUCCAGAAUAGCAGUAUGUUAGCCUCAGUUGCCGCCCGUCUGGCGCUGUUCGCUGUGAUAAGCACCCAGAGUCUGCAGCUCCUCCAGGCUGCUCCGUUCCCAGGCAUCGAGAAUGCUGCCUUCACCAGUGACGAUUUAUUGGCCGAGGAAUCGGCGCCCGUUGCUAGCCAGGUCCACGUCCAGCACAAUCGGCAUCGUCGCCAUCAUGAGGACGGCAAUUACCAUGGGCACAGGCACCACAAGCGUCACUGGGAUCACCAUUUUCCGGGUCCGGACUGCCAUCACCCUGGCGGUUUCGGGUUUGGAUUUGAGCAUGGUGGACCACCUCCCCAUGGCCACCACCACAGAUUUGAGCCACAUGACUUCCAAUCGUUUCCAAAUGCCUUUGGACCACCGGACUAUGAGGAGCACCAGCGUCCAUUUGAAGCGCCACUGGAGCCUUUUGAAGUGCACUUAUUUCUUUUAGGAAAUAAAGGGGUAAUCAAUGAGCUUACAAAGCAACCCAGCUCAAGCAGCGUAGCUCCACCACACACAGCUCCAGUUACGCCUUCCUCAAUCACAAGAACCACCAGCACCACCACCACAAGAACCAUCAGCACCGCCAGAUCGACUACCAUGGCACCCACCUCUUCCAGCACCGAAGAGGCACCCUUGGCCAUCGACAUACGCAUCGGCUGACGACCUAGACCUAAGGCUCCAUUCAUUCUAUCUUAUGCAUUAAAGUGACAUUAAAGUUGCUAGCCAAACCACAA